AUGCUACGCACAGAAGCUCUUCUCUCUCGCAUAAAACACCUCUCACUCUUGCUCAAAACGACCUACCUUCCCUUCCUCCCCGUCCUCGCUGCAAUCUGCUUCAACCUCAUCAUUUGGAUCGCUGCUGCUUUUGUCUUUCGCAAAUACACGGCACUCUUGGGACCUGGCACAUUAGCGUAUACCUAUGGUCUUCGACAUGCCCUUGACGCAGACCACAUCUCAGCCAUUGACAACAUGACGCGACGUCUCGUUGCUGAGGGUCAGCGACCUGUGAGUGUGGGACUUUGGUUCUCACUCGGUCAUUCAACGGUUGUUUUGGUGACGUGUAUCAUUGUCGGUGCAAGUAGUGCAGCGAUUGCAGAUAGGUUUGGUGGGUUUGAGGAGGUGGGUGGGAUCAUUGGUGUGUCGGUGAGUAUGGCAUUCUUACUACUCAUUGGCCUUGCCAACCUGUUUGUGCUCGUUCGAUUGAUAAAGAGUAUGCGACGACAACUCGCUCAACGACGUCGUCGUCUUGCUGGUCAAGAAACGGAGGAUGUUGAAGAGAAGCCGCAUGUGCAUCAUGGACCCCUGUUCAGACUCUGUGGACGACUCUUCAAACUGGUGGAUCGCCCCUGGAAGAUGUACCCACUCGGUGUGCUCUUUGGCCUUGGCUUUGAUACCUCCACUGAAGUGGCAUUACUCGCUAUUGCGAGCAUCCAAGCAACGCGUGGGACCCCCAUCUAUGUCAUCUUGGUCUUUCCAUUCUUGUUCAUGGCAGGGAUGUUGCUGGUUGAUACGAUUGAUGGCGCUUGUAUGGUUUGGGCAUACGAUUCAACCUUGUUUGCUGGCAACAAGAUUGCACGACUCUACUAUGCAAUCUUACUCACGCUGAUGAGUGUUUUGGUGGCCUUGACCAUCGGCAUGCUACAACUGCUCACGCUGAUUAAAGAGACGCGACACUUGCACGGCGCGGUGUGGGACGGGGUUGGCCGUGCGGGUGAUCGGUUUGAUGUGAUUGGCGGUGGUAUCGUUGGGGCAGGAUGA